UUGUCUAUGGGCAGUUCGUCCGGCACCACCGUAGCUCGUGGUUACUGUAGCGCUCCGUGACCGACCGCGUGUGUUUGCGUCCGUUCGCGUGUGCGAUCGUUUUCCUCGUCGUCAUCUCCCAUGUGCGUCUGAUUCGUGUCGUCUCGUGGAGUGCGAUCAUCAGUUUUUUUUUUAAAUAUAUUUUUUUUUCUCGUCGGUUCAGCCGUUUCUGGUAUUGUUUGUAGAAACGUUGGAAAUCGUAUCAAUCGUCGACACUCGCCGCACAACGGAUACGACAACCGCGCGAGGGUCUCGCCUCUCCGGACGAAUAUUUCCCGCUCGAGUCGCGCGAAUACUCCAAAACUCCAAACUCCACACAGAUGCGGCAUAGCCGAGCGUCACAAAUCGCGAGGUUUUUCUUUGAUGUAGACCGACCGCCUUACAGGUCAAACGGAAAUUUUGCCGCAUUUAACGAAUUUGUUUUCAGGAAUUAUUGCGUGAAACUAGGAAAUAAUUCAAUAUUUAACACCUAUCGAUUUCUUUGAACCAGAAAAAACCUCCGUGCACUCGAUACAUGUUUAAGAAAAUGUAAUUGAAGUAUGGAGCUUUACGAUAUCGGUUGGCAAGGUGUGGGCGCUGCCGCCAUUAGAUCGUCGGAUCGUAGCCACCGGCUUUGAGACGUGUUGACGUUGUCGUCGUUGUACACAAAUACCAGCUGUUAUGCCUAAGCAAUGAUCGGCCUGUAUACACUAAUCGCGCUGCUGCUGUGGGCGCCCAUCGCGUCGCACUCGGCGUCCGAAUUGGACUGGGUCACUGUGUGCAACCAGCAGACAUGCCGGUGCAAAUGGGUGAGUGGCCAGAAGAUGGCCGAGUGCAUCAAUUCGAGUCUCACCAGCAUACCCAAAAACCUGAGCAACGAGGUGCAGGUGCUCGACCUGACCAACAACAAAAUACUAGAGAUGAAUAAAGACGCGUUUCGRGAGGURGGCCUGAUCAACCUACACAAGCUGAUCGCCCGCAGUUGUUCCAUCGAACUGGUCGACAAAGACGCGUUCCGUGGCCUGGAGAUACUCAUCGAGCUGGACCUGUCCGACAACAACAUUCACGUGCUACACCCGGCCACGUUCAGGGACCCAUUCCGAUUGCGCAAGAUCUACCUGAACCACAACCUCAUACAGCGGCUACGGAACGGUCUGUUCAGCAACAUGUCAUUUCUGCAAACGGUCGAACUUAACGCGUGCUUGAUUACGGACAUUGAGCCCAAGACAUUCUACAACAUCACCAAGUUCAAUAGCCUGGAGCUGAGUGGCAAUCAGUUGGCCAACAUUAAGCCCGAAGUCUURGCUUCCGUGCCCAGUCUGAUGAACUUGGAGAUCACCAACAAUCCGUGGCGAUGCGACUGCAAGCUUAGGCCCUUCAUGAACUUGGUCAUGAACAAAAACCUCUACAUAAAAACGGCAUCAUGCGCUGAACCUCCGAGACUGUUGAACAAGCUAUGGGGUGACAUCAAACCCGACGACUUUGCAUGCAAUCCAAUCAUCCAGUAUCCCGCCCAGAGCUCCACGUUUCAGCUGGACGACGAUGAGCUGAUGACGAUCGGUUGCAAGAUAUACGGAGAGCCGAUGCCCAGCGUUCAGUGGGUGUUCAACAACCGGCCCAUAUCGAAUUAUUCGCACGGUGAUUACAAAUUCACGGUGUACGAGAGCGUGGACAACACCAUGGCUAAGUGGAUUAACCUGACCGUGUCACGGUCUAGGUUGAUUGGGAAGUCCGAAUUUAAAUGCAUCGCGCAGAACCCUGCCGGGUUGGAAGAGCGCAAAAUCACCGUCAUUGUUCAGGGAAGUGGUAGUAAGGGCAUCCUGGGUAGUACGGUCAGCGUGAAAGAAUCGCUACCCAUCAUCAUCGGACUGGUGGCUGGUAUUUUCAUCAUAAUACUGUUGUUGAUCGUUUGCUGYCUGUGCUGUUACCGGCGCCGACCAGCUGGUGGUGGCAUGCUAUCGAAAAAAUCUCACGCCAACGGCUUUUCCAACGGCGACGUGCCCAACCAUCACAACCAUGUCACGUCGCUAGUGUCCGAGCCGUCUGAACAGCAAAAGAGCCUUUUGGCCGUAGUGAACCCGGUUCAAAAGCCGCCCAGGAGAUAUGAAUCGUCGCCGACCGGCACCGAAAUGACUGAACUGAAGAGGAAUUUACUGGAUGAGACGUCCGUUAGCGGAGAUGCUGACGAACAGUUUUACGGCGAGUCGGGUGACGAGCUGACCAACAUCAUCGACAGCAGCGGCAUAAGCAACGGCGUAGGCAACGGCCGUUCUUACCGGAAGGGCACGCACCCACCGGACCUGUUGGCGUUUCCGCGGGGAAGCGGCGGCGGCGGGGGCCACAGUUCGCCAGCCGGCAGCAUAGUGUCCACGGUCCCGUCGUUCCAGUCGCCAUUGCACAGUCCCAUCUACUCAGGAACGCUACCGUACAACCGGUCCCAGUCGCCGUUCAGCUCGCGUCCCGCUCAGCCGCCUGCCGGUUACGUGACCAUACCGCGGCGUCCGCGCGUGCCCAGCUGGGCCAGCAGCAACGGCGUCGGUGGGACGUCCGCGUCCACGCCGACUGCUGGCCACGUGGACGACCCGCUUGGAUUGGGCCGACUGUGCGAACCCGUGUACGACAAYCUGGGUCCGAGGACCACGGCCGACGGCAGUUCGGUGCUGUCGCUGACCAAGGCGGUGGCCGACUCGGCGGCCGUGCACAGGCCCAAGCCGCAGUACAGCCAGACCCUGCCGCACAAAACCAAGCUGCACGGCGGAGGCAGYGGACACCGUCCCAGAUUCGCCGCCGACGACGCGCAGGACGCCCGCAGAGUACCGUCGCCGGCGCCCAGAUCGCCGGACAAGCCGUCGCCGUCGCAGGUGUCCGGCCUGCCGCAGCACAACGCGCUGCCGCCGAACUACUCGCCGCUGGUGGAGAUGGACGCCAGGAACCGGAGCAGCUGGGCGCCGAGCCGGGUCGGCACGCCAGAGACGGGCGUGCUCAAGCCGGCCAGCCAGACGAGCGUCAARCGCAAGGUGCCGCCCAAACCGCCGCCGAAGCCCAAAAUGAAGGGCGGCCCGUUGUUCGAGGACGAAGGCGAAGACGGCACCGAAGUAUAAGGUCCCGUCCACUUGCCCCGAAUGCUACUCGAACGAAUCCUCUGUACUUCCAUGAUGAUAAUAUUGUGUUUAUGAUGUUAUGUUCUUCUUAUGAUAUUUAUUUUUUCUCCCUCUCUCGUUUUCGUUCAUUCUCGUCGUAAGGCGUUGCAUAUUGUUUUUGUUUUACAGCUGCUAUAAUGGUUUAGUUUUAUUUUUAUUUUUUUCAUCCUCGCUUUCAUGAAAAUAAUUCAAAAAGAAAUAGAAAUUCAAGCAUUCGAUCAUUUAUCGCGGCGGUUGUCGUGCGAUUGUACUYAAUGACGUUUCUCGUUCCGCUUAAAGAACAACAACGGGGUAGGUACGUCUAAGAGAAAAUWCAUGCUCCCGAAAUUUUUUUUUCUUAUAGAUUGUACUAUAAAUUMUAAUUAUAUUGAAGAACGCAUAUUAUAUGAUAUCGUUAACCCCUCGUGAAUCAAAGAAUUAAAAAUCAAUGAAAAACACUUGUAAUAGUAUCCUCGUGUACUUACUUCUUGACCGUGUGUGGUGCACACAGUGUUGAAUAAUGUUAAGGCUGCUCGGAUUGGACUUGUUGUGUUAUGUAACUAAGAUGGUAGAUUAUAUUAUAUUGUAUAUUUUUUUUCAUUUUAUUAUUAUUAUUAUUUGUGUAUUUAUGUUGAUAAUAUUAU